AUUAAUUCUAUCGAGCUGACUUAUAUUAUCUGAUUGAAAGAAAUCUUAAUUUUUUUGUUGGAUCGAUGUCGGAAAAGGAAGAAGCUCCGUCGACAUCGAAGUCUACCAGAGCUCCGUCGCGUCCGACUUUAUCUCUUCCUCCACGGCCGUUUAGUGAGAUGUUCUUUAACGGUGGCGUUGGAUUUAGUCCUGGUCCGAUGACUCUGGUCUCUAAUAUGUUCUCUGAUUCCGAUGAGUUUAGGUCUUUCUCUCAGCUCCUUGCUGGAGCCAUGACUUCUCCCGCGACUGCAGCUGCUGCGACGGCUAGUGAUUACCAAAGAAUUGGUGAAGGGACUAAUAGCUCUAGUGGUGAUGUUGACCCGAGAUUCAAGCAAAACAGACCAACCGGUUUGAUGAUUUCUCAAUCUCAAUCGCCGUCGAUGUUCACCGUACCGCCUGGUUUAAGUCCGGCCUUGUUGAUGGAUUCACCAAGCUUUUUGGGUCUUUUCUCUCCCGUUCAGGGAUCAUAUGGAAUGACACAUCAGCAAGCUCUAGCUCAAGUCACUGCUCAAGCAGUUCAAGCCAAUGCCAAUAUGCAACCACAAACAGAGUACCCUCCUUCCUCUCAAGUUCAAUCAUUUUCAUCGGGUCAAGCUCAGAUCCCGACCUCGGCUCCACUACCAGCUCAAAGAGAAACCUCAUAUGUGACCAUCAUCGAGCACAGGUCCCAACACCCUCUAAAUGUUGACAAACCAGCUGAUGAUGGUUAUAACUGGCAAAAAUAUGGGCAAAAGCAAGUUAAAGGCAGCGAGUUUCCUCGAAGCUAUUACAAGUGUACUAAUCCAGGAUGUCCUGUCAAGAAGAAGGUUGAGAGAUCUCUUGAUGGACAAGUAACGGAAAUCAUCUACAAUUGAUGAUUGAAAGAAAUCUGAAUUGAUGAUUUGGAUGUCGAUGAUUUGGAUGAUGAAGCUUUUGAUGAUGAUAGUGUUUAUGUUAGGGAUGAUUGUGAAGGCUUGUUAGUGGUAGAUUGAUAGGUAUGUUUGUGGUUUUUGUAAACAAUGAAAAUUGAAAUGGGUUAUUAAACAUUUUAA